AUGGCGCCGAGCCUGGCGACGGUGAUGGCACCGAGUGAUGGCACCGAGCCUGGUGACGGUUAUGGCACCGAGCCUGGUGAUGGUUAUGGCACCGAGCCUGGCGACGGUUAUGGCACCGAGCCUGGUGACGGUGAUGGCACCGAGCCUGGUGACGGUGAUGGCACCGAGCCUGGUGACGGUUAUGGCACCGAGCCUGGUGAUGGUUAUGGCACCGAGCCUGGCGACGGUUAUGGCACCGAGCCUGGCGACGGUGAUGGCGCCGAACCUGGCGACGGUGAUGGCGCCGAGCCUGGUGACGGUUAUGGCACCGAGCCUGGCGACGGUGAUGGCACCGAGCCUGGCGACGGUGAUGGCACCGAGCCUGGCGACGGUGAUGGCACCGAGCCUGGCGACGGUGAUGGCACCGAGCCUGGUGAUGGUUAUGACACCGAGCCUGGCGACGGUUGUGGCACCGAGCCUGGUGACGGUUAUGGCACCGAGCCUGGCGACGGUGAUGGCGCCGAGCCUGGUGACGGUUAUGGCACCGAGCCUGGCGACAGGUAUGGCGCCCAGCCUGGCGACGGUGAUGGCGCCCAGCUUGGCCAGUGUACAGUGGUCGCAGGUCAUGGCAUCCGUCACCGGCUUUCCUCCUCACACUAA